GCCGCAUCGCCCGCAUGUUGCGCAUCCUGCGUCUCUUCCGCGCGCUGCGGCUGCUCAAGGUGCUGCACCUGCGGCGGCGGGACAGCGGCGGUAUGAAGGCUUCGUACGGAAUGGGGACGAGUCCCAUCCGCCCCACGGUGCUGGGUGAGCUGCUGGCGGAGUCCACCACCCGCAAGUGCGUGGUGAUCAUCCUGGUGGUGCUGGUGGUGGCGACCUUCCUGGUCACGUCGCCGCCGGAUGCCGCCGACUACAACCGCCUACAACUGCUGUCCUACGGCGUCAUGACCCCUCAGGCCUUCAUUCAACACGCCUCCUACCCCGUCAUCAUGCUGUCGUACGUGGAUGCCGUAACCGGGUCGCUCGUACCCUACCUGCCGUACAGUCGCAGCCACAUGCGGCCCGCCUUGCAGUUGCGCACCUCCGUGGAGUGUGUCAAGUAUGUGGGGCCGCAGCAGCACACGUGCGGCUUCCAAGACAACUACAGCGAUGUCUGGUACGACAUCACGCGCCCCAUGCAGCGGAACGCGGGUCUCAACAUGCUCCUCACCUCCAUCAUCAUCGGCUGCCUGGGGCUGUCAGCUUACCUGUUUGGGCGGGACGCAACCACCUAUGUCAUCAUGCCCAUAGAAACCAUGCUCAAGUACCUCCGACGAAUGAUCAUGGUGGGGGUGGACGGCGACGCUGACAGCGAGGGAAUCAACUUCAGCCGGCCGCCUGAGACGGACGUGCUGGCCAACUACGUGUCCCGACUGGUCAACGAAAUAGAGAACCAGCGCUGGAAGGCUGAGGAGGAGGCUCGCAUCAGUGACACGCUGCUGAAUAGCAUGGUACCGCCGCACAUAGCGAAGCAGCUCAAGGAGUUGAGGUGGUGGGAGGCGGGCCCGGAGCAGCGUGCGCAGCCCAUCGCGGAUUCCUUCCCCAACGCCACGGUGCUGUUCACAGACAUCGUGGGCUUCACAACCCUGUCCUCGCGCAUCUCCGCGGAGGAGGCCAUGAGCCACCUCAACAACAUGUACACCGUGUUUGACGAAAUCGUGGAGAAGUACGGACUGUACAAGGUUGAGACCAUCGGCGACAGCUACAUGCUAGUGGGCGGAGCGCCCGAGGAGCGGAUCGAUCACGCGGAGCGGGUGGCGGCGGCCGCUCUGGAGAUACGCGCAUGCGUGCCGCUACUGCAGGAGAUCAGCGGCGAGCCGGACAUUAACGUGCGCAUUGGCAUGCAUAGCGGCUCGGUGACUGCCGGGGUGGUGGGCUUCAAGAACCCGCGCUGGCACCUGUUCGGCGACACUUGCAACACAGCCAGCCGCAUGGAGAGCACGGGCGUAGCGGGUGAGAUCCAGCUGAGCUGUACGACGUUCGAACUGAUCCGGGAGCGCUUCCAGUGCAAGCUGCGUGGCAAGAUUGCGGUGAAGGGCAAGGGAGAGAUGGUGACCUACCUGCUGGAGAGGGAGUAUGGUGUCUCCGGCGACCGCCCGGACUCGCCCACCCGCCCCGGGCAGCUGCUGGGUC